GUGGGGAGGGGGAGGGGAGGUUGUUGUUUAAAGGAGGUGGAGAGAGGGGGUUAAGUGUCCUGGGAAGGGUUAAAGGUGAGAGGUCAGGACUUCGACUAGUGGCCCCGAGAGGGGGUGGGGAGGCUCUGGUGGUUAACCGUGGAGAAGGAUUUAAGAGGUAAUCGAAGGAUGACAGACAUGGCUGACAACCAUAAAGAGAGUUGGGCAACCCUGGUUGCUGCAGCAGAACUUUACCGGCGUCAAACGGGCAACGAGAUCGUGCUGCUCACUGCCUUCAGAGCCCCACCGCCAAGCAACUUCAGCUAUGCACAGCAUGGAAGUGGGGCUUUGGCUGAUGCCGUUCAACGCUACCUCGAAGAUAUUGCAGUGGUUCACAAGACCACUGCUUUCACCUAUACGGCCCUUCCUCUUUCUGCUGCUCGCCCACCUCCCACCCAUGGAUCCUAUUCCCGGAGCUUGCCCCCUACUUAUGCUGCAGAUGAGCCGGCCCCACACAGGACACCUACCCCCCAGGGGCCCUUGCCACAGCCUUCGGAAACCCAAGAACCUGAUGAUGAAGAUGAUGAAGGAGACCGAAAUACAUUAACUGAACUGGAGCAACCGAGUGGGAGAGAGCAUCCCAGCGAUACCAUGGGUCUGUUUGUGAUGGAUGAGGAUUCACCGACCCAGGACUACGAGCCCUUUUUUGAUUCGGAUCUAGAGAGCACCGAUGAUGGGAGUCUGAGCGAGGAAGCUCCUGGACAGACGGCCCCGCCACCACUUAGCCAUCAGUAUGCCAAAUCUCUGCCCGUUUCGGUGCCCAUCUGGGGCUUUAAGGAGCAACGGCAAGAUAUGCGAUCCUCUGAUGAAGAGAACAGUAAGCAUUCAUCCCCUGACCUCGAGAAGAUUGCCGCCAGCAUGCGGGCCCUGGUGCUGCGAGUGUCCGAUGGCACAGAGAUGUUUGGGGACCUGCCUCGGCCUCGCCUCAACACGAGUGACUUUCAGAAGCUGCAGCGGAAAUACUAAAGGAUGUGGCCGCCCCGGUGCCUCCCCUCCUCCAGUGGGUGCCCUUCUCCCUCACUCCCCCCCCACCCCCCAAAAUCGGUGGACAGGGUUGGAAGCUCCCCUUAAGCCAUACCAUUCAGACCUGUUCGCGUUCCUCCAGCUUCAAGUUCCCAUAAGCUUUAAAUUGAAAUGAUCACCUCAGUCUCACACUACAUUUGGGUUGGAGGGGCCACCUCUCUCCCGUUUUCUCCAGCCCAAACAGCCCUGUUCCACUUUCUCCCUUGUCUUGGGUGACCAGGAGGUACCGCCGCCCUUUUGCCAGGGGUAUCUGUCCCACCCAAGAGAGAAAGACACUACAAAGGCGUACUGACAAAUGAACCCCUUUUGUUCCACCCACCCCCAUACCUUAGCCUUGGGCUGCUGAAAGUUCUCUUUAGUCGGAAAUGUUCUUUCAUCUAAACCCUAACCCCUGCCCCCAAAUAAGUGUCUUAAAAGAUCCUUUUGCACAUAAGCUGGGUUUGUCUACACUUCAGUUUAAGCUAAGUGCCCCUUUGUGGAGAGUUGGGGGAUAAUGGGAGACGUUGUCAUCUUGUCCUUCUCAUUUUUCGCUCCCAUUCCAUGCCCCACCCCAGGCACACGUCUCUCCCAGUGCCCAGAGGUGGCAUUUCAGGGUCCUUUCUUUCCUACUGAGGAGGGUGGUUCCAACACGGGGCUGCUCUUAGGCACACACAACCUCAACAGGGCCUCUGGGAGUCACAUACCACCUUCUACUUACACCCCACUCCCACCCCCCCCACCCCCAGACUCCACUGCCCCAGCAUACUUUUGUAUCAGAUUUUCAAGGGCCUUUUCUCGCCCUGGCCCUCUAUUUUUGUCCAAAGAUUAAUUGGUGAACUGGAAGGGAGAGGAUGUAUUUUUUUUCUCCUUCCUGCCAACCUACAAGCCAAUAAUAAAAGAA